AUGUUCGGAGGCCCGCCCCCUCCCGGGGGCUCCCUCGCCGCCCACCUCCUACCGCCGCCAGGGCCUUGAGGCACCGCCGCGGGGACGCUCCCGUCCCGCUGCCGCAGAGAUGCUGAGCUUUUUCCGUCGAACCCUUGGACGCCGGUCCAUGCGUAAGCAUGCAGAGAGGGAACGGCUAAGAGAGGCCCAAAGAGCUGCAACCCACAUCCCUGCAGCUGGGGAUGCCAAAUCCAUCAUUACAUGUCGCGUAGCACUACUGGAUGGAACAGAUGUCAGUGUGGACUUACCGAAAAAAGCCAAAGGCCAGCUGCUAUUUGAACAGAUCAUGUAUCACCUAGACCUUAUAGAAAGUGACUACUUUGGAUUAAGGUUUAUGGAUUCAGCACAAGUGGCGCAUUGGUUGGACAACACGAAAAGCAUUAAAAAGCAAGUUAAAAUUGGCCCACCGUAUUGUCUGCAUUUUCGUGUAAAGUUUUACUCAUCAGAGCCAAACAAUCUACGUGAAGAGCUAACAAGGUAUUUAUUUGUUCUGCAGCUGAAACUGGAUAUUCUUACUGGAAAAUUAGAAUGUCCUUUUGACACAGCCGUCCAAUUGGCAGCUUAUAACAUGCAAGCUGAACUUGGAGACUAUGAUCCUGCUGAACACGUCCCUGAACUGGUGUCUGAGUUCAGAUUUGUUCCCACUCAGACUGAAGAGAUGGAACUGGCCAUUUUUGAGAAGUGGAAGGAAUGCAGGGGACAAACACCAGCACAGGCUGAAACUAACUACUUAAACAAAGCUAAGUGGCUGGAAAUGUAUGGUGUAGACAUGCAUAUAGUCAAGGCAAGGGACGGCAAUGAUUACAGCCUGGGAUUAACACCUACAGGAGUCCUUGUCUUUGAAGGAGACACAAAGAUUGGUUUGUUUUUCUGGCCAAAGAUAACAAGGCUUGACUUCAAGAAAAACAAACUCACUCUAGUUGUUGUUGAGGAUGAUGAACAGGGAAAAGAGCAGGAGCACACCUUUGUCUUUAGACUGGAUCAUCCCAAAGCCUGCAAACACUUGUGGAAAUGUGCAGUGGAACAUCAUGCCUUCUUCCGGCUCCGAGGGCCUGUCCAAAAAAACUCCAGUCGGUCAGGCUUCAUUCGGUUAGGAUCCCGGUUCCGGUACAGUGGGAAAACAGAGUAUCAGACCACCAAGACCAACAAAGCCAGGAGAUCAGCAUCCUUUGAAAGAAGGCCCAGCAAGAGAUAUUCAAGACGAACACUGCAAAUGAAAGCUCAUGCUGCUAAGCUUGAAGACACAAGUACUGCAAACAAUGUUGUGAUCAACCAAACUAAUGGAUCACAAAGCUGGAAUGCAAAGCCAAACUUACCUGUCCUAACAGGGGUUCCUUCUGCCCCAGUCUUAGUGGAAAUAGAAAACCUCCCAAGGAGCCCAGGAGCCAGCCAGCAAGACAAAAAGUGUGUACCUCUUGUUGAUUUGCUAGACAGCACGGAGUUGCCAGAAACUUGUGUUGAUGACGCUGUAGGCCGUCCAGUUGUUGGCCUGGCAACAGGAGAUUCAGAAGAGGCUCUUAGUUGCCCUCAUCCUGGGACAAAGGAAGCUGCUGUUGAAAAAGCAGACUCUGAUCCCUUUGAAGAAGCAUUUCUAAAACUGAAAGAGCUGGAGACAGAGCGGAGCAGCCCCGUGCCAACCGAGCGUCCCAAUGUAAACAUAAACAUACAGGAUGAAGUGGUAAAGUUGACAGAUAAAUGUCUUAACAAUGCGAUUGAGAGCCCAAUUGUAGCAGCAACGUGGCUUCCAGCUGAUAUCAAAAGCAAUAUCCUGAAGGCCCAGGCAGAAGCAGGGCACAAGGUCGUAAGAGAAGACAGUUUGGCAGGUGUCAAGAAUUCCAAUAUUCAAGAUGCUGCUGCCAGGAACAUUCUCCCUUCAGGCAAAACACAAAGUAAUACUCCAGCCAGCAGUCCAGUAUUUCAAGACUCAAGAGAGCUGCUUAAAGCAAUCCCUGCUUCAAACACCUUUGUUCCUAAUGUGCUAAAUGAGGAUAACACUGUCUCUAACCAUGAGGACCUGCUGAUUUCAGCUACUCUGGCUCCAGCUGAGGAGGCUGCUGUUUCAAAGAGCACUCCAGAUGACCAGGACGUUUCCUUAACAUCAUUGACAGAGAAUCUAAUUGACUUUACAGAAGCCACACCUCGGGUGUCUUCUCAGCCCAUAAUAGCACCGAGGUGGAUAGUGCCAACUGGACUGAUUUCCAAUGGACCUUUGGGAAAUGAUGUUGCCUUGGCUGUGAAGGCAGUGAAAGGCAGCACAGAGACUCUGUUGUCAUCAGCUGGAUUGCCACCAUCCCACCAGGCAUCUGAAGCCCUUGCAAGCCCAGUUAUUGAGGAUGCUACAAUAAGAGCAAAAUGUUUACUCACCACUGAACUCUAG